AUGUUGUCCAGAGUGUCGACAAAAGCGACAAGGGCCGUGUCGCGCGCUGCCCUCGGUGCCGCGUCCAGGCUGGCGGUGGCGAGGGAGGCUCGCCGAACCUUAGUGCAGCCUUCAGGUGCCGACCGGGCGAGCGUCGUCGAUGUACCCUCCACCUACGAGGACCAUUUCACACCACGAGCAGAUAUGCUUGGCUUCAAGGUUGAGAUGCCUCGCCGUGAAGGCGCCGUGGGAGCACAGGCACGGCCCAUUUACCUCGACAUGCAGGCUACGACGCCCGUAGAUCCGCGGGUCCUCGAUGCGAUGCUCCCUUACCUCACCGACCAGUACGGCAAUCCCCACAGUCGCACACACGCAUAUGGUUGGGAAGCUGAAAAGGCCGUUGAGGACGCACGCAAGCACGUAGCAGAUCUCAUCGGCGCAGACCCGAAAGAUAUCGUGUUUACUUCAGGUGCAACGGAGACAAACAACAUGUCCAUUAAGGGUGUUGCUCGUUUCCACAAGGAUCGCAAAAAGCACGUUAUCACCACUCAAACAGAGCACAAGUGUGUGCUCGAUUCAUGCCGCAAGCUGCAGGAGGAAGGUUUUGACGUGACCUACCUUCCCGUCCAACACAACGGCGUCAUCGAUCUCGCCGAGCUCGAGGCCGCCAUCCGCCCCGACACCUCCCUGGUGUCAGUCAUGACAGUGAACAACGAGACCGGCGUCAUCCAACCGAUGAGAGAGAUCGGCGCUUUGGUUCGCAAGCACCGUGGUGUAUACCUCCACACGGAUGCUGCACAGGCGGCCGGCAAAAUACCACUGGACGUGAAUGAGAUGAACGUCGACCUCAUGAGUAUGUCGGGACAUAAGAUCUAUGGCCCCAAGGGCGUCGGUGCUGCAUAUGUCCGCCGGCGUCCCAGGGUCAGACUCGAGCCGAUUAUCAAUGGUGGUGGACAGGAGAGGGGGCUGCGCAGCGGCACACUACCAGCCGCCCUCGUCGUGGGCAUGGGCGAGGCUGCACGGAUCGCUAAGCAAGAGAUGGCGAGGGAUCAUGCCCGUAUAACUGAACUUUCCAACCGCCUCAUCACCAGCAUCAACACUCAAGUGGAUCACGUCGUGCGGAACGGCGAUGUUCACGGUUACCCAGGCUGCGUGAAUCUCAGUUUCGCGUACGUUGAGGGAGAGUCUCUCCUGAUGGCACUCAAGGAUGUUGCCCUUUCCUCCGGCAGUGCUUGUACAUCAGCUUCGCUGGAGCCAUCAUAUGUCCUCCGCGCGCUUGGUGCCGCCGAGGACAUGGCACAUUCCUCAUUGCGGUUCGGUAUCGGCCGCUUCACGACGGAGGCGGAGAUUGAUUUUGUCGUCGCGAAGAUCGUGUCGGUGGUCCAGAAACUGCGCGACAUGAGCCCGCUGUGGGAGAUGGUACAGGAGGGUAUCGAUAUCAACGCCAUCAACUGGGCCCAACAUUGA